GGCCGGCAGCACAAGAGCCAUGUGUUUUUGCUUCACGCUUUGAAGGCCUCAAAAAAAAAAAAACUUUUCAGAACUGUUUCUGAGAAACGUCAUGCAAAGAUAGAGAGAGAGAGAACAAGAGAUUAAAGAGCAAUGAAAGGGAGUGUGAGAGAGAUAGAUGGUGAGCAGAGGUAGCUACAGACGAAAACAGGCUGCUCUCUAUGUGGUGCUUUGAUCUUGGUUGUGAAGGACAUUUGUUGGACAAUACUGGGGGAAACUGUGCAGGAGACCCAACAACAGAGGCUGUAAUCUACACUUGUUGUUUUCCAUCAUAUCCAAAGUUAUCUACCAACAAUUUCAGUGAUGCAUCGUGAGGAACUAUCACCCAGAGAGGAGUUCACCUACAGCCAUGUACCCACUCUAGAGAGGGGUAGCGGGACACUGGGACGACGUGGCGACAGGGAAGUGGAGAGGAGGCCAGACAGGGGGGAGCGGGACAGCUACACAGUGGACGUGAGGGCCAGUGACCUGCAAUUGGCACAGCCGGAGCCUCUGCAGCACCCCUGCUUCAGCUACAGGGCCUGGCUCUACAGUGUCCUCAUAGGGGGCAGUCUGCUCAUCACGUCUGGUUUCUCUCUGUACCUGGGAAAUGUGUUUCCUGUUGCUAUGGACUACCUGCGUUGUGCUGCAGGCUCUGGCCUCCCUGCAGCGAUAGUUAGUUUUGCCAUUGCCAAGAACAGACAUGUUGCUGUGUCAGAUUUCCAGGUGAUGUAUGUGUCAACAUUUGCUGUGACAACCACCUGCCUGGUUUGGUUUGGCUGUAAACUAGUCCUGAACCCUUCUGCUGUCAAUAUCAAUUUUAACCUCAUCUUGAUGAUUGUGCUGGAGGUGCUGAUGGCCAGUACUGUCAUCCUUUCAGCCCGCUCUGCAGAGGACUGCUGCUGCCAUAGGAAGUCACAUGACAGACCUGUGGUUGUAACACCUGCAGUGUUCCCCACUCAGCUCCUUAAGGCAUAUUCUGUGAUCGAAGUGAUUGUGGGAAUCUCUGCUGUCUUUGGAGGCAUUAUUGCUCUGAACAUGGAUGCUUUGCUACCCGGCCCUUACCUCUCUGUUACAUUUUUCUGGAUCCUUGUGGCUUGUUUCCCCAGUGCUAUUGCAAGUCAUGUUGUGUCAGAAUACCCCAACAAAUGUCUGGUGGAGGUACUAAUUGCCAUCAGCAGUGUGACGUCUCCUCUCCUCUUUUCAGCCUCUGGCUUCCUCUCCUGCAGUGUUAUUAGCUUUAUUGAAAUUUUUUUGCAUGAUGUGCCCACAGCCAAGCAAUCCUACGACAUCCUGCUGCUGAUUCUGUUGGUGCUGUUGCUGGUGCAGGCAGUUCUAACUGCAGCCACUGUGGUGCACUGUGCCUCCUACAAGAGCCAGCUCCACAUGGGGGCUCCAGAGUGCGAAAACAACUUGCACAACCCGAUCCACUGCUGUGAACAGCAAGCAUCCAAUUGGAAGCUGCAGGAUUUCGACAAGGACAGAGCCUGGAAGUCGGUUGUGGUCCAAAUGGCCCAGUGAGCAGCCCUACAAUACAUGGAGAUGUUUGAUAUAAAGGAGAAAUUAAAUAUACUCUGUAAGUUGUAAGCCCAAGAGUAAAAUGGUGAGACAGAAAAUAUUGUAAAAAAAUAAGUAAAACUGUAAUGAUUUAUUCAGAAGUACGAAGACGGACCCAGAGAGCUGUCUUCUCUUGUCUUCUUGUUUUUAUUCAUCAAAAAUAUAUAUAUACACUAAUACCAUAUACUAUAGGUCCAGCAAAUAGAUAAAUAAAUAGAAAUAAAAAUCAUGUGAGCCAGUGUUUUAUAGUAUAAAAAUGUUCUGAGCACUUGUGAAUACAUUUUUGUGAUGCCUGAAAAUAUUUACUUUUGUUCUACACAGUAAAUCCAGGAUUUAGUGGAUGAUGCAGUUUUGACAGCACAGGGUUGCACUAUAGGAUGAAAAGCAUGUACAGUACAGAAUUAAAGACAACUCAUGAAACAUGUUUGAAUAACUUUAUUCUCCGCUGAUUUUAUUUCCAGCUAGUGAACACUGAGUUUGUCAUCAGCUGUUUCAAAAGGUGUUUGUAUAGUGUUUUAUGCUUAAUCAAUUACCCAUAUUCAUAAAAAGAAAUAUUGUUCAGUUCAGUUAUCGUUCUAUUAUUAGAUACAGUGAUGUUUAAACUUCAUAUGAUUUACUGGAUAUAUGUCUGCACGCAAAAACCGAUACACUUUAGCUUUCUUGUUUGGAAAUGGAACCCUUUGGAAAUGUAUUCAGUUAUUUGAUUUCCUUCCUCUGUUAAUUUACUCCCAUCCCUCCACUGUGUUCUGUGUUAGACACUGGACUUGUUAUAUUCUUACUUAUAAGGAAUCAUUUUCCUUUACAUAGUAAACAAUCAUGCAUUGUCUGUGUUUAGGUUAAAAAUAAAAUGCAUUUCCAAACA